AUGCAGGUAGACAUUGGACAGUUCUUUGCCGAGCACGACAUCGUGCCGGUGCUGAUCGACCGUGCACCGGACGCGUUCGCUAAGGUGGUGUACCGCGCCAAGAAGCUGGUGGACGCCGGCAAGGAGCUGACACCGGCGGAAGUGCGGGAUGAACCGAAGGUGGAGUGGUAUGCCGAUCCGACCGCACUCUACACGCUCGUGAUGAUUGAUCCGGACUCACCGAGCCGUAUGGAACCGUGGAACCGGGAGUUUGCACACUGGCUUGUUGGUAACAUCCCCGGCCGGCACGUACAAAAUGGCGAGACGUUGUUCGACUACAUUCCGGUAUUUCCCCGGUCCGGGGUAGGCUUCCACCGGUACAUCUUUCUCGUAUUUCAGCAGCAAUCAUGGAACGACUACUCGGAAGUACCCCGCACCUCGAACAAAAAUCGAACGCCACGGAUACGGUUCAGUACGCGAGAUUUUGCCCGUCGUUACAGCCUAGGCAGUCCAGUGGCGGGCAAUUUCUUCAUCGCGCAGUACGAUGAUUUUGUGCCGGUUAUACUGGCCAGAUUUCCGGCAUCGGAUGAUUACUAAAUGUAUGACCGGAAUACUUCAAACAGUGUGCAGUGUGCACGGUCAAAAUUUAAUUACUGGAAUCAAAAUCAACAACGCCACCAACACUACAACCGCCAUUGCACUGCGUAAUGAAGUUCAACGUUACAAAAACGGUACACGAUCAAUGAUCAUCAAAACUCAAUUAAACAACGCCACUCAUUGUACUGUCAAACGGUCGCCUUGUUUACAAAUCACCAUUCGGUACCUGUUACUGUACGUUUACAGAUUCGCCAAUCCUGAUUGUGUUCAACCACUUGGCCGAAAGGCACAGACACGCGCCUAUACGACCGGCAAUGACCUUCCAAUGUUGACCGACCGGCUAUACAUUGCGCCUGUGAUGUUGUUGUUGGCGACGUACGCUGCUAUGCGUUAGAUCCGCGAAAGGGCUGCAAGCGUUGAAAUAUUAAAAUCAUUAAACCCUUUAAUCCCGGGCGCUCGAAUAAAUAUUGACCUGGCGCUGACCCUCCUCCCCCCCAGCUUUCGGGGUUGCGACCGGUUCGCGCGUUCGUGAUGAAAGUAUCGCUUGUCAAAGUGUAUCGCCUGCGGGUAUGGGAAAAUCU